AUGGCGCCAAACACUGAUACUCUACCCGAGUAUGAUUCUGAAAAGGGGGUGGUACCGACAAGAAUAGGUGAACGAGGGGACGGCACGGACUCGUCGUUGGCAUCGCUGCCGGAGGUUGUUGAUGCGGGUGAGAAGGUUGAGGAAGAUUGGCGGCGGCGGCGGGAGGGUGAGGGUGAGGGUGAGGAUGAAGAGGAAGGGGGCAAUUUGCAACGACAGACCCGGGAUCGGGAUCGGGAUCAGGGUGAUGCCGGGAUCGUGUCACGAGUUGUUAGUCGUGUGAUCAGCAGGGCAAGCACCAAGUCUUAUGCCGACCCCGGACCGCCGCCAGACGGGGGGUUCAAGGCUUGGGCCGUUGUCGGCUGCGCGCACCUGGUCAUCACGAACACAUGGGGCCUGGUCGGCUCCUUUGGCCUGUUCCAAACCUACUACGUCAGCUCCCUGGGCCGGUCGCCGUCAGACAUAUCAUGGAUCGGCUCGCUGCAGAUCUUCCUCCUGUUCUUUGUCGGCACCAUCGCAGGACGUCUCACCGAUGCGGGCUACUUUGCGUAUGUCUUCGGGCUGGGCGUGGCCCUGAACAUUGUCGGCAUCUUCUGCACGUCGGUGGCAACCUCGUACUGGCAGGUGCUGCUCGCGCAGGGGAUUUGUCUGGGCAUUGGCAGCGGGUGCAUCUUUACGCCUGCUAUGGCGACGCUGUCGACGUAUUUUGACAAGAGGAGGGCGCUGGCUAUUGGUAUGGCCUCGUGCGGGACUGCGACGGGUGGGUUGGUGUUUCCGAGUAUGGUCCGGCAGUUGUUGCCGACACAGGGGUUUGCUGCUUCGAUGAGGGCCAUUGGGUACGUGCAGCUGGCGACGUUUGCGGUUUCGGCCCUGUUUCUGAGACAGAGGGUCAAGCCGAGGAAGAGUGGCCCGUUGGUGGAAUGGGCGGCGUUUAGGGAGUGGGCGUAUACGUUUUAUGCGCUGGGGAGCUUCUCGUUCUUUCUCGGGUUGUACUUCGCCUUUUACUAUGUCUCCUCGUUCAGCCGGGACAUCAUCGGCAUGAGUUAUACCGACAGCCUCAACCUGCUCCUGGUGAUGAACGGGGUGGGCAUUCCCGGGCGGCUGAUCGCAAAUCACAUCGCUGACCGGGUCGGGCCUCUCAACAUGCUUGUUCCCGUGGCCGCGGUUGCAGGGACAUGCAUGUUUUCCUGGGCGGCUGUCACGUCGAUACCGGGCCUGUACGUGUGGAGCUGCUUUUAUGGUAUGGCCGCGGGCGGGUUGACGAGCUUGUUCCCCGCCGGACUGACCAGCCUGACAACGGACCUGAGAAAGUCGGGAGUUAGAUUGGGUAUGGGAUUCACCAUUGCCAGCUUCGCCACGCUGGCUGGGCCGCCCAUCGCGGGUGCCAUCAUAACCGCGUCGGGCGGCAGCUACCACGGGGCUCAGGCCUUUGCCGGCGCAACGCUGCUGCUGGGGAUGGCGUUCAUGAUUGCGGCGAGGACGGUGGCUGCGAGGCAGUUCCAGGCCAGGGGAACAUCAGCAAGGCCAGGGGGGACAUGGUAUGUCAAGGUCUAG